AUGAAUCUCGCAAACGUGCACCUGGCUAAGGGGGACUAUGCGCUCGCUGUCAAGCUGUACGACAAGACUCUGAAGCGUUUCUUUGCGAGCGGGGCAGUGGGGGCUAGCGGGGCCGAGGGGUUCCACUUGCGCACUUUGUCCUAUAUGGCGCGCGCGCAGUAUGACGCCGACCAGCUGGCGCAGUGCCGCCGCUCGCUGCUGCUGGCCGUGCAUGUGGCGCCGAACAACGCCGCCUUGCGGUUCAACGUGGCGGUGGCUCUUCAGAAGAUGGCCGUGACUGUGCUGAAGCAGGAGAAGCGGACGGCUGAGCAGGUUCGCAAGGUGGUGUCAGACUUGAAGACCGCCCUCCGGCUCUUCUCUCAGGAUAUGUGGAAGCGCAACGAGAGGCCCAAGGCAGUGGAGGAGGAUGAGGAGGGCGGUGAGGAGGGCAGGGGAGGGGGGAGGAGCCGCAGAGACCGAAAGAAGGAGAGGCGCAGGGAGAAGAAGCGGGAGAAACACAGAGACAGAGACAGGGAGAGGUCGCGAGAGAGCGAGGAGGACGGAGAGAGGAGGGAGAGGAGGAAGGAUAAGAAGCGGAAGAAGAAGAAGAAGCAUCGCGAGGGGAGGGACAGGAGCAGGAGCAGGAGCGACAGGGACGAGGGGGGUGAGAGGGACGGGAGGGACGAGAGGGAUGAGAGGCCUGAGGAUGAAAACCCGUGGGGAUCCGAUGGGGAGAGAGGAGGUGGAGGUGAGGGAUCGGGAGAUGAGGGAGGGAGUCCGAGGGGGGAGAGGAAGGGGAGAGGUGGAGGGGGCGAGGGGGCGGAGGAGGAUGCCCUGGCUGCAGCUGGGCUGGUGGAUGAAGACGAGGAGGGAGGGGAUGCACGGGGGGAUGGCAAUGAACAGGGAGCGCCUGCUCGCAAGCGGCGCCGGCAGCUGGCAGAUUCGGAUGAGGAGGAGGGUGGUGGUGGUGCUGAUAAUGAG